AUGGCUCACAGAGACCGCGGGUUUCACGCUCGCCGCCUCGCUGACGGCGGUGAUAUUGAUCAGAAACUUCUUACGUUUUAUCCUUAUAACUCCACAUACCAGAUUUCCAUGUUUGGAUAUUUGCAUUUUGCCAAUGUUUCUGUUGGAACACCGUCUUCAUCGUUCCUUGUUGCAUUGGAUACUGGAAGUGACUUGUUCUGGCUACCUUGCAAUUGUACCAAAUGUCUACCUGCUGGUCUACAUACAUCAUCAGGACAGAAUUUUGAGUUUAACAUGUAUGAUAAUAGUAGAUCAUCCAGUAGUAAAAAUGUUGCCUGCAAUAGCAGCUUUUGUGAGCAGCCGGCACUUUGUUCUUCAUCUGGUGGCACUUGUCCAUAUCAAGUUCAAUAUCUAUCAGAAAAUACUUCAACUUCUGGUUUCUUGGUGGAAGAUGUGUUGCAUCUAAUUACAGAUCGUGGUGAUCAAACUAAACAGGCUAACCCGACGGUUACGCUUGGUUGUGGGCAAGUACAGACUGGUGAUUUUCUGACUUGGGCUGCUCCAGAUGGCUUGCUUGGAUUAGGAAUGAGUGAUGUAUCUGUUCCAAGUGUGUUAGCCAAACAAGGGCUAAUUUCAAAUUCUUUUUCAAUGUGUUUUCGUGAUGAUGGUUUUGGAAGAAUCACAUUUGGGGAUAAUAGUAAUAGUUUGGACCAAGGAAAAACACCAUUCUAUUCAACUUACAACAUCACUGUCACCCAAAUUAUUGUGGGAGAAAAUGUUGCUGAUCUCGAGUUCAAUGCAAUAUUUGACACUGGAACCUCAUUUACACACCUAAACAACCCAGCUUAUAAGCAAAUUACUCAAAGUUUUGAUUCAAACAUUAAACUACAGAGGCAUUCAGCUUCUGAAUCUGAUGAGCUUCCCUUUGAGUACUGCUAUAACAUCAGCCCAAACCAGACGACGGAUCAAGUUCCCACGGUUAACCUAACGAUGAAAGGCGGAGACAAUUAUUUUGUCACGAAACCAACAAUGACGGAUAGUAACAACAGUGUUCUUUGUUUGGCUGUCUUGAAAACCAACGAUCUGGAUAUCAUUGGACAAAACUUCAUGACCGGUUACCGUAUAGUCUUCGAUCGCGAGAACAUGACUCUGGGUUGGAGACAAUCCAACUGUUAUGAUGAUGAACUCUCGAGUUUACCUGUUGACCAAUCGGACGCUCCUACUGGUUCUCCUGCUAUGGCUGUGAUUCCUGAAAGAACAUCUAACCAGUCUAAUGGUCCUGAAAUAAUACCAUCUAGUCACUCAUUAAAGAUAAAACCUGCUUUUGUAUUUACAGUGGCAAUUUUCUGCUUUUGGCCAUUUUUUGAGCAUACCUUUAGAUGUUAGGUGUUGUAUUAUUUAGAUUAGUACUAUUUUUGCAGAAACACCCGGGUGUGUUUGGUUCAAAUGAUAGGGA